CCUAAGGGAAAGCCAAAACAUAGUGGCUGUAGACUAGGACACAGAAUAAUAGAAAGAGAGAAUGGUGAGAUAUACGUGGCUGCUCUAUCACCGAUGAAUCAGUGUACUUUAACUCGCUAGUAUGAACUCCAGCUGGUUUUUUGAAGGGCAAGGUAUCUGGAAAUAGUAUGAACUCCAGCAGCUGGUUUUUUGAAUCCGUAUCGGGUUCAGACUUCAGAAUGAAACUGAAUCGGAUAGAACGAGAUCAAUGGAAUCCAAACCAAAUUUGGUUAUAUUUGAUCCCUCCUGAUUCGAUCUGAUUUGAUUCGGCUGGAAAUUCGAAGAGCACAGAAAAAUAAAAAACUUUCCCUCCAUGAAUGAACAAUUUAUUACAGGGUUACAAAUACGGCAGUGAUUUACUACUCUCUUUACUGUCUUUACGAAAACGUAAAAUCUUGACUAAUCUCUCUCCUUCACUUGUCCAAACCAAAAGGCAGUUGCUUGACAAUGGCGGCCGCAGCAGAAAGGAAGAUGAAGCUGAAGCUGCUGGUGGACAAGAAGGCCAACAAGGUGAUUUUUGCUGAAUGUGGGGAAAACUUUGUGGAAUUCUUAUUCAACCUCCUCUCCUUACCCGUCAGCCAGAUCAUCGAAAUCAUCUCGAAGGAAUCCAUGGUGGGAUCUCUGGGCAACAUUUACCAGAGCAUGAGAGAUCUGAAGCAGCCAUUUUGUGCCACCACCAACACGCCUCUCUUGUUGCCACAGCCUUCCCCUGCUGCUGCUUCCACCUUGGGUAGAUUACAACAUAGAUUGUCGUCCGAAGGCGGGCUUGUGAAGGAACAGAGUACCUUCAUGGUGAUGGAUGAUCUCAAGGUGAGUCGAUUGUCCGUCGUAUCUGGUCUCACUCUGCUCAACAAGCUUGGUUGCAACGACCUCGCCGUGCUAGUAGAGGAAGAGGUUGAGUUUGGACAUCCUGAGGCACUGGAGUUGUUGAAGGCAACUCUGCACUCGAAGCAAGUUCCGACGAAUGUAUAUCUCGUGAAGGAGUGGGCAAUUCUUGACGCAAUUGCAGCUCGUGCCAAGAGCCAAUCCAAAGAAGAUGCAAAUGUUGAAGCACUCCUGUCAAGGUUGCGUGAAGUGACAGAGUAAGUUCAGACUUUUGUCUUGUCAUUUUCGAUGGAAUGAUGAUCCAGAGGAGGAACAAUACUACUAGUUGUGUUAUUAUUAUUUCUGUGCUGUUGCUCCCCGCAAUCUUCUAUCGCUACUAGCCUACAAAAUCGAAAGUACUGCAAUAUCCGGAAAAGAAAGUAGCAGCAGGGGACAUGAUAUUAAUGUUACAGUGAAGCAAAGGAAACAGGGAAACUACAGUGUAGAGCUGAAUCUAUGAUGAACUCAGUAACCCACGAGUCAGGAGUUUUGCUUGUAACUCAGAGUAUGACGUAGAGGUGUCGAAAAUCUGUUCUUUGUUUUUUAAUUUGACUAGAAUCAAUACCCGCGCUACGCCGCAGGAACUAAAAUUGCAACAACAUAAUCUAAUGGUUGCCAGUUUAGGUGACAGCACAUAAGGAUCGUUGCCCUGCUAACAAAGAUACUGGUUUAAAAGUUUUGAGCAUGCUAGAAAUUUUUUGAAAUUACUACUAUAUUAUUUUCAAUUUUCCUUGCACUACAAUAGAUAAGAUUAUCAAGUAAACAUUAAGAACUCUAUGAAUCUAUGACUUGGAAAAAUCCACAUCCUCUUAUUCAGCAGCAGAUUCCUAAUUGUUGAACAACCAUUUUUUUGUUCGUCAUUAGAGAAAAACGAAGACGACAAACAAACAACAAAAGAUUAAAAACAGUUGGUCAAUGACUGUCUUCUUCACCUUCAUAAUUGGUGUGACUUGUUUCAUCUCGUCAUUCUCUAUACACUUGGGAGUUUCAAUUUAUGGUUCUUUGGCAAUCAUGAGCUCAUUUUCUUCCACAAUUGUUACAUUCUCUAUGGCAUUCUCAUCACCACGUUAUGCUGGUUUUGAAAGGCCAUUAUCACAAUUAUGAGUUUUGGUUGCCGUAAUCUUUCGGUCCAUGUGACCAACAACAUAUAGCUCACAUAUAAGGAGAACUCAUACCACUUGGCACUUGAUGAAACCAUAUCAGUAACAAUAUAUAGUAAGAGUGGGAAGAUGAACAAAGAAAGAGGAACAAACACGUCAGUCACAAGUAAACUCUUUCCUGGAAUGAACAAACAUCAGGGAAGAUGAACAAAGAAGACCGUCCCUACCAGCAGCUUUUCCCAAAUGUCUGAUGCUUUUAUUGUUACAAUUUAGUCAAGUCAAAAAGAGAACAAAAACUACUAAAAUGUUUCCUCGGUUGAUCAUAAUUAUCGUUAGCUGACACGAAGAAAUGCAGACAUGGUUCUUUAAGCACCAUACAAAGAAAGCGAUCAAUGAGGUGUGAAGAGAAACCCCAUACAUUAACAUGUCUAAAUAAUUAAACUGAGUUUACAUGUCGGAUUACAAAGGAAGAGCAAAUCAACAAUAUGUGGAACAACUAUAUUCCAGGACCAGUUAUGGCUUGCAUUCCACAUGAUUUCCAUGAUAUUGUUUGAAAAAAAAAAACGACCAACACAUAGUUGACGACAUAGGUGGCUAAAAUCAGGACUGUAACUGUAUAAUAUCUAUUUUGUUUCUCUUAAGCGUAUGAUGUGAUAAACUAUAAUGAUACCCAAUUCAAUUUCCAACUACACCCCUUGAAGGCAUCAAUUGCAUCAUAAGUAACACACAUAAUUUGAGGCUGAAGUUUUUCCUAAAUAGCAGAAACUGAGUUUCCAACAACACAAAUAUAAAUAAUGGUAAUCUCAUAGAAAGCAGAAAGCAAUUUUACAGUCUGUUUACACCAAAAAAACAAACAAAGGGGAAAUUAAUAAAGGGAGAGUGAUUAACAUAAUAGAAUAAGAUAUUAUCA